AUGUCUUCUGAGAUUGAUAAAGAAUUGAAUGAGGACUCAAUGUUGAUGCAUAAAAGUAGACACAUUCAUUGUGAUUCAGUUGAAACUCUUACUGUUGAUGGUGAAAAUGGACCAAGAUUUCAAAAUGAGUCACAUGAAGGGUAUAAAGUUCAUGAUUGGAACAUGAAUGAGACUGCAAUUAAUGAGGAGGAUUAUAGAAUGAAUACUAACCCUACUAGUGAUAAGCAAGUGACCCAAAUUGGCUCAUUCAGAACUGGUUCAGCUCAGAGUGCAGAAAUCUUGACCAUGAUUGAUACAAGUGAUGGGUUCAUACAUGACAAUCCCACUAUAAUCGAAGAUGUAGCAAAUGAAAGACAAAACAUGAUGCAACAACCUAUAGUUAGUGGAAUUAGUGAUGACCAUCUAGAAGAACACCAAAUUUACUCAAGUAAGAAAGAAUUACAAAGGAAGUUGUAUAUGAUGGCUCUGAAAAGGAAGUUUGAGUUCAAAACAACUAAAUCCACUACUAAGUUAUUGCUUGUUGAAUGUUUUGAUAAAGAAUGCAAGUGGCGAGUUCGUGCUACCAAGUUGGGGAUUUCGAAUAUGUUUCAAAUAAUGAAAUUCUAUUCAACACACACUUGUCGGUUAGAUAUGAUGUCUCGUGACAAUCGACAUGCAAGUAGUUGGUUGAUUGGUGAGAGUAUAAGAGAAACAUAUCAAGGGAUUGGUUGUGAAUUUCGACCAAAAGACAUUGUAGCAGACAUUCGAAAGCAGUAUGGCAUUCAAAUCAGUUAUGAUAAGGCGUGGAGAGCCAAAGAACUUGCUCUAGGUUCUAUUAGGGGAUCACCUGAGGAGUCUUAUAACACUUUACCAUCCUAUUGCUAUGUUUUAGAGCAAAAAAAUCCUGGUACCAUUACUGAUAUAGUUACUGAUUGUGAUAAUCAAUUCAAAUACUUUUUUAUGUCGAUUGGUGCAUCUCUUGCUGGGUUUCACACAUCAAUAAGGCCUGUGGUUGCAGUUGAUGGGACAUUUUUGAAAGCAAAGUACUUAAGGACUUUAUUUAUUGCAGCGUGUAAAGAUGGCAACAAUCAGAUAUACCCUUUAGCCUUUGGGAUUGGUGAUUCAGAAAAUGAUGCCUCAUGGGAGUGGUUUUUACAAAAACUACAUGAUGCACUUGGACACAUUGAUGAUUUGUUUGUGAUAUCAGAUCGACAUGGUAGCAUUGAGAAAGCAGUACAUAAAGUAUUUCCCCAUGCGAGGCAUGGUGUCUGUACUUAUCACGUUGGACAAAAUUUGAAGACAAAGUUCAAGAAUCCUGUAAUUCAUAAGUUGUUCCAUGAUGCUGCCCAUGCUUAUCGUGUUUCAGAGUUUAAUUUUAUAUUUGGGCAACUAGAGAUGAUUGACCCAAGAGCAGCAAGAUAUUUGAUGGAUAUAGGUGUUGAUCGAUGGACACGUUCAUAUUCUACCGAAAAAAGAUAUAAUAUCAUGACGACAGGGAUCGUUUAA